UAAGAAUUCGUUAUCCCAUCAUCUUCCUUGAUGUUAUCGCUCAAGGGAAGUCCACACUGGAUGGCUCCGGAGGUACUUAACAAAUUCAAACUCCUGUUUAAGUGAAAGCAAACAUUUUUCAUGUUCUCUUUUAUAUACUGAUCUUAUUUGCCCAGAUUGUGGUGAAUGAGAGAGGGUACGGUCUAGCAGUGGAUAACUGGAUAUAUGGAGCUUAGGAUGUACAAUUCUUGAGAUGGCAACAGUAAAACCUCCAUGGAGUCAAUAUGAAGGGGUAGCUGCAAUGUUCAAGCUGGCAACUAGUAAAGACUGUUCAGAAAUCCCCAUCACCUCUCAGAAGAUGCAAAAAGUUUUAUUGAACUGUGCCUACAAAGAGGCCCCAGUGUUCGUCCCACUGCCGCUCAAUUGCUACACCAUCCUUUUGUCUAAGAAAUUCAUUGACAAAAAGGAAAGAGUUAGAGAUUCAAUGGAAAGAAAUCUAGGUUGGAUGUCUAAUUUGAACGUUUUCUGGAGCCUAAUUGACCAGACAGUGGUGGUUCAGAAGGCAGAAAGAACAAACACAAGCACACUUUGA